GUUUUCGCGCAGACGACAACAGCGAGAUAAAAUUUUGUUACCAACAUCUCCGUGUAUCACCCGUGCGUAAUCGCACAGUGUAUUGGGUUGUACAUCUACAUGUAGAACAAAUCAGUGCACGCGCAAGACAUGGAGGAACUUUCGGCCGCAUCUCCGGCAGCUCAGUUUCUUGGAAGAUAAUGGAACAUAAACGACGAAUAAAAUGUCGGUCUACGGCUUCUCAAAAACCUUCACCUUGAUUAAAUGUUUUCUUCUUAUAUCUGUGAUUAACCUAGUAUCAGGUUCACAGUGGUACAGAGGAUGUGCUUGGUCCACUAUAACAACAUCAGAUCCAAGUUAUGUUGCGCAACAAAAUAUUGCUGCCACACCUACCACCUGUUGCUCACAGUGCUAUCAAAAUGGGUAUGACUAUGCAGCCAUUGGGAAUGAUAUGUGUUGGUGCGGUAAUAAUGUUGAAACAGUGUUUGAAGCAUCUGACAAUCUCUGCAAUGAAAUAUGUGAAGAAGAAAGACCCCAUUUAUUAUGUGGCAGUACAGAUACAGUCAGUAUCUAUGCCACAGAAGGUCCAUACCUUCUCCAGCUCUCCCUCUCGAAAGGAUCCACUAUGGUGCAGACUGGUAUCACAUCUCUCUUUGAUGCCAGAAUAGAACUUGCAGCUGCUACUGACAUAGAACUUGGUAUUUCAAAUGUGGCCGCUAGAGACCUAGAACAUGUGAACUUCACCUGGUCAAUCAACGGCAGCAUGGUCAAGCAGUCCAUUAAAUCUGUCACUAAUUCUUCCACUACAUCCAGCCUCAUAUAUACAUUCCAUCAAGUUGGAGUCUGGUUCAUAGGAGUGACUGCCAGUAAUGCCAUCUCACAUCGCACUGCCACAACAGUCCUUCACGUGGUUCAACCCGUGCCCUCCGACCUCCAGGUCAUUCUACGGCCAGGUCAGGGCAACAUCCCAUCCUGCGUCCCCGAACAUGACAACCUCAUGUCCAAUCUCCCUGCUGUUGCUGUCUUUGUUGACGAGCCUGCCGAAUUUCAGGCUUACCUCUCGAUUGGCAUCAACUUGACAUUUGAUUGGUGGUUCAAUGACGAUGGGAGUCAUGUGACCUCUGUGCCUUAUUUGGAAGAGGGAGAGUCGUGUGAUGUCAUCACGUGUCUUCAUUCCCAUCAGGCUCACAUAUUUAAUCAGGAAGGACUUUUUAAAGUGACUGUCAAUGCUUCUAAUGAACUUGGAAGUGCUCAGAAAACUCUUCAUGUGAUUGUAAUGAACAGAGGUAUCAACAACUUGAGCCUAUCUUUGGUUGAAGGAUCUCACUUCACAACCCCAAACACGAGCCUGAUCUUUAGCCUGAAAAUGGAGACAGCAGAUCGCGAGCAAGCUGUUCUAUCCCUAGACUUUGACGAUGGGAUCGUUUACAACCAGUCCCUUCGCGAUGUCAAUGAGACAUUUAUCAGUGGUGGAUCAGCUAACCCUGCCAAUAUGUACCUCACAGCGAGCUAUGGAGAUGGCUGUCAACUCAUUGUAUCCUUCAGCCACAAGUAUGCUGCCUCAGGGAGCUAUGGUCCAAAGACUCUCAUCCAAAGCAACAGAACUGCCUAUCUGGCCGAACUCUCGGAAGCCAUUGUUGUGCAGCGGUCCAUAGAGUAUGUUGAGUUGGAAUCAUCAAGUUUUUACCCUCUGGGAUCGGAGGAUUCUAUCAUUGCAGUCGUUCCAUUUGAAACUUAUAAUAUGACUUAUGAAUGGAAAGUUAAACUUGGCAAUGGAACAAUUACUGCCGACACCACACAGAAUGGAAGCAUUAUCCAGGUGUUUGAUUUUGAAGGUCAAUACGUGGUGCAAGUGACUGUGAGGAACUUGGUGAGCCAAGCGUCAGCCCUGAAGGUUGUUCGAGUUCAGAGAGCAAUCACGCAAGUGACCAUCUCAGAUAUAGAUCAGGGUUUUGUGGUCCCUGUUGAUCAGAUUGUAACACUGGAAGCAUCUACUGAAAGUGGUACAGACCCCACAUUCCAUUGGAACUUCGAUAAUGGAAGCACAUUUAGCGACAUGGGACGGCAGGAUGCAUCAGGUCUUGUGGUAUUCAGCAUAGUUAAUCACACCUUCGCAGAAGUUGGCAAUUACAACAUCAGUGUUACCGCAUCAAAUCUGGUCAGUGCGGUGACCCAAAGACUUGACCAACUGAUCGUAGUCCAGGAACCAAUCGUUGGUCUUUCAUCUCAGUCCGUCCAUCCAACCACCUUGAAUCAGACAUCACAAAUAACCCUCAGAGUGAUACGUGGCUCUCAUGUGAAGUUUAUCAUAAUUGAGAAUGGGAAAGAUGAAUUACUGCAGUCGGAACCACAUGCGGAUGGGAUGUUUGCAGUCACCACUCUUCUUUCGGGCACUGGAUUGCACUACUUGAACAUCACAGCCUACAACAAUGUUUCUGAAGCAUCCACAGAAGCUGCACUGUUGGUUCAAGAGCCCAUCAACAACAUUACAGUCAGUCUGUUACCACUGUCUCUUGGUAAAGUUGCUGUUAUUGCAACUUUUGAUGGAGAAUUGAACAGAAGACAUGAUCUCCUGUAUCAUUGGAUCCAAGAUGAGAUGAACAUUACAACAUCAAGUGGAUUCUUCAUCAUAGAACGUGAUGAGAUCACUGAUAAUUGCUCUGUUAUCGUUUCUAAUCAAGUGGAUAAGAGGAUAGUAUAUCUACAGAAUAAUAUAUCAGAGACUCCUUUUCUGCUGAGCCAUCCUCAUUAUGUUGAAAUAAAUUCAACAGUCUCAUUCACCCUUUCUCUGCAAUCUGGGCUCUCCAUGCGCAGAGUAGAAUUUACCUACCGCUGUAAGAGCACUGGCUGGGAGACAGUUACCAUGCCUAUUGCUAGUCCCGUCCAGGAAGUUGUUUGGUCACGCACAUUCUCUUUGACAGGGUUGUGGCUCAUGGAUAUCAUUACUGUGGACACAGACAAUAGAACUGUCCAGUCCACUUCAGUGGUCAGUGUCCAAGAGAGUGUUUCAGAUGUCAAUAUUCUAGGUCCUGCACUGUCCAGAUUUGAAUGGCCUUCAACUACUGUGACUUGGGAAUUGAGACCUUCCACCGGCUCAAGCAUCAUGUAUGAGUGGGAGAUCAUCCCUCUUGACACCAACUCGUCUUCUGGGAUCCACAGAAUAGCAAUAGGAGGGAGCAACACUUUGGCCUAUAUUCCAUUUUGGAUGCCAGGAACCUACAACCUCACUCUCACAGCGUCCAAUGAAAUAUCUCGUACCUCGACCCACACCCUAACCACCCUCCGAGAGCCAAUCACAAGUCUAGUUUUAUCCAGCAAUCCCGUCCUACAUGGACUAAACUCCACCAUCUCAUUUCGAAUCAGAGGUGGACCAGAAUUCAUGUUCAGCAUCGAUUACGGGGACGGCAGUCAACAGCAAGUUUCUUCCGACUCCCCAGACAUGUCUCUCGAGUCCAUCGACCACUCCACCCAGCCAGCGACAUAUGUCUUCACCUUGAGGAAGCACUAUGCAGACCUGGGUGAAUAUGCUUUUGUUGCAACGGUGUCCAAUGGUGUGUCCGAUAUGGAUGGAUCUACUGUCGUGAGGGUUGAAGAGAGGAUCACUGGGCUUACGAUUGUCACGUCCAAUUCUUGGCUGGUCAACGUCGUUGACAAUAUCACUGUCGAGGCCACUGUUGAUACAGGCAAUGAUAUUGUCUUCACUUGGGACUUCAAUGACAUUACAGGACCUACAACAAUAAUUCACAGCAAUGGAAGCUACAGUGCAGUCAUCCACACCUUUGGUAAGCCUGGAGAGUACUACAUUAGUGUUAGUGCUAGCAAUGCCUUGCAGCAGGACCCUCUGAUAUAUCACUAUCCUACACAUUUUGUGGUCCAACAAGUGCCUGUGGCCUUGGAACUUAAUGUUUAUGAAGGCAACAACUGGGCUUCCCUCGAGCAGACGGAAGCGGGUGACUGGCAGACCGGUACCAUCACCUUCCGUGCCCUCUGUUGGGGCUCUCACAUCAACUUUGCCUUCGACUAUGGUGAUGGCUAUGAGGAGGUCAUCGAAGGCGAGUUGGGUUUAGUCGGCAAUUACUUUGGUCUAGGCACUCAUGCUUACACAGCAGAGGGUGAAUUUCAUGUCAGUGUCACAGCCUUCAAUCUUCUGACCAACGUCACCCAGUCACUGGGGACACCAUUCAUCGUGGUCAUCUCUCCAAAUGGUCUUUACUUUGACCAUGCGGUCUAUACGUUCCCCUUUGGUAACAUGUCAGUACUGACUGUCACUGUGGAUGAAGGAAAUAACCUCUUCUUUAAUUGGUCAAUGGGUGACCAAACCAAUUACUUAUUCGCAGGUCCAUCGGUCACUCAUGUGUACCGUACUGCUGCAAGCUAUAACGUCACUGUGGUUGCAUUCAAUAAAGUACAGAACCUUCAGACUGCAUGCACAGUUGAUAUUGUCAACUUUGUUUCUUUUGUUGACCUGAAGGUUGAGAGUCAGCUAGCGACGACAUACACCAAGCUGGUCUUCACAGCAGAGACCCCAGCGAAUAGUGCUAAGUGGUUCCGAUGGGACAUGGGGAAUGGACAUCCUAUAAGGCAGACAUCGGUUAAUACCCUGACCCACCGUUAUACUCUCCCUGGAAUCUAUUAUGUAUCAGUUGAAGCGGGCAACCAUAUGAGUAACGCAACCGCCAACCCCGUUGAGAUGACCCUGCAGGCACUUAUCGGAACAAUGAUCAUCACGGCCUCUGCACCUGCACUCUUUGGACAGAGGACUGUUCUUGAGGUUCAGGUCUACUCCGGUAGCAACAUCGAGUAUGUCUGGGACUUUGGUGAUGGCUCCCCCUAUCUUAUCACGGAGCAGUCCGUCGUACUGCAUUCUUAUAACAGAACUGGAGAGUACUUCAUCAACGUGUUUGCCAGCAAUGAUGUGAGUAAUUCGAGUGCAUCAACCAAUGUGUUCAUUUUAGAUGAGCCCUGUCUUGCUCCAGAACUCGACAUUGUUGGAGAUUCUAGUAGAACGAUUAAUUUUUCUAAUCCAAUAAAGCUGGAGAUUGAGGUAUUCAUCGACUGUGACAUCACACAAGAAACAACCUAUCGUUGGUCCCUCACCAAUGCUUUUGACGGAAGCCCUCUACUGUUGGAUCCAACGGUAGCGUCUCUGGAUAAACGGACACUCUAUAUACCCAGUCAUGUGGUGCCCAUAGGCUCCUACACAGUAUCAGCAGAGGUGCACAUGAACAACACUAUAGUGUAUUCCAGGACAUCCUUCAGUCUAACAAUCAGGGAAAGUCCGUUAAUUGCAGUCAUAGAAGGGGGUACCACAAGGACCAUUGAUAGGAACACUCUUGCUUACAUCAAUGGCGGAUUCUCUAUAGAUCCAGAUCAUCCGUCAGAUUCAAAUCUACAAUACAAUUGGACAUGCCAUCCGAUCGACAUCCCGUUUGAACCCUGCUUUGAUCCACUGAUGUUUCCCAAUGACACGGCUCCCGUACCAUCCACCAAUGGCUCUUUACUGUUUCCUGCAGCCUGGCUUAGGCUGGACAUGGCCUUCCAAUUUGUCUUCUACCUAACCGUUAGCAAAGAAGGCAGGCAGCCAGAUUUUGUUUCCCAAGUCUUGAAGGUUGUUUCCAAUGAAAAGAUUUAUGAACUCCUUGUGGAUUGCCCAUCCUGUGAUGAAAGCAUCGUCAAUUCGAAUGCAGAGCUAACCCUCGAGGCGCUGUGUCCGACUUGUGGAGAUAAUGUGACAUUUGUGUGGGAGCUGUUUGUCAUAUGGGAUGGAAGCACAACAUAUUCAAACUCUGCUUCUAGAUGCAAUCAUGCUGAUGGAUCAGAGCCAGCCGACAGCGACUCAACCGUCCAGACCAGUGUUACUCCACUCACUUCUUCACAAGUGAACACAGCAAGCAGCCAAGCCACAAGUCCACCCAGCACACCAGUGCAACAUGUAUCUACCCCUGGCAUUGUUCACACUUCCACUUCAUCCCAAAGCCCUACAUCCAGCCAAACAAGUCCAAUGGUAUCAAGUCCUGAUGGGCAAGGAACAAGUCCAACUUUUGGGACUACUGUGGCAUCUAGCACAUCGCCAACAGCUCCGUCGUCUUCUCCAGCGAGUCUUUCAACUACUUCAUCUCAGUCAGGCCCUGAUUGGUCAUCAUCAUCAUCAUCCUUUGCAGAAUCUCUUCCAGAGUCUUCAUUUCUUGAAAAUAUUGCAAGCAGCAGUGCUCUGGAGGAAUAUUAUAGCGACGAAGGUGGUGUCUUUGAGGACAGUGUCGCAGCAGUCGAAACCAAACAGGACAAUUACUCUGAUGAUCUGACGCAAGGCCGCUCGAUGGGAACUGGCGAUGACGGGGCCACCAAAAACAAGAGUAUAUCUACUGUGGAAGGAAGGUCUGGUUUCUUUGAAGCUCUCUCCUCCUCCUCAUUUGUAGGGGAAACCCUGUCAUCAUCCUCAAGCGUGGGUAUUACAGAAGAUAUAUCUUCAUCAUCAGAUACAGUUGUAGAAGCUGAUGACUCCUCAUCCUCGGAAUCUUUCGGCUUUGCUGAAGUGGUUUCUUCCUCUGUGGGUGAGGUUGCAUCAUCAUCAUCAAUCCAAGAAGAGCCCCCAACUGCUGACCUAUCCACCAUGUUGCCAACAUCCACAGCCACAUUGACAACCUCCGACUCCUCCACCCCUUCAGAGGUGUCAUCAUCCACCACAGGAAACACCAUACCGCACUCUACAACCCGUCAGCCCAUUGGUGAAAUCGGAGAGGAAAGCUCUUACAGCAUUGGACCCACUACCAGGACCACCUCUGGGUUGCGGACAUCCAGGUCUUCUACAACUACUCCGCAGCUGCCUGAGGAACAUGUUGACGUUGAUGAUGGAAGCUCCGUUCUAGAAAGAGAUGAUAGUCUAUACCCUGAAUAUUCAUCUGAUGCAUAUGGAGGAGGAGGAGUUUCCAGCGUACAGAGUAGUGCCAACGACGGCGAUAAUGUGGCUAACCCAGAUAAUCCUGUCACGUACGAGGAGCACAUCGUAUCCCGGUCAUCCCAAGCGGUAGUCGUCAGCGAAGAAUCCACCUUGUCAGGGUUAAAGGGAAAGCAGUUCACCCUGAAACCUGGUGUCCUGGAGGAAGGUCGCACCUAUGCAGUUGGUGUCAAGGUAUACCCUGAGGAUGGAAGCCCUGGGGUGCAGGCUGAAGCAUAUCAGUAUGUCACGGUCAACGAAGCGCCUCAGCUGGGCAUAUGUUCCAUUUCCCCGGAUAGUGGGACAGAAUUGGAUACUUUCUUUUCUGCUCUUUGUCACUCGUGGAAAGAUGAGGACACUCCUUUGCAGUACGAGGUCAGAUAUAGCCUUAACCAAUCAGACCCAGAGACGAUUUUAUACUUUGGAAUGGACCGAUCGGUCAGGUUUUUACUGCCUGCUGGACAUGCAGAAAACAACCACAAUGUUUAUCUGAAGUUAGCCAUAGUGGACAGUAAGGGAGGCAAAACAUCUGUUUGUGAUAUUGCCAUACCAGUCUUCCCAAAGUCUUUUGAAAGUUUAGAAAACAAGCUGGAAUAUCUGGAUGCUGUGUCUGUGGGCUCAAGCAGUAUGCUGUCGCUUUACAUUGCCCAUGGCGACGACCUCAACAUCACCUCCCAUGUGCGUUUGGUGGCGCACCUACUCAAUCAACUCUCCCAUGUCUUUGACGAGGAUCAUGAUUCUGACCACUGUCACGUCAUUGCAGAGAGAUGUGCAAUACGUAGUGCCAUGCUUGAAGGUAUUCUAGCGCUACCUAUCAGAGAUGAGUAUGAAAUUCUUCAGGUUGUCGGUGCCAUCAAUGAGGUGUCUUCUGUUCCAGUUGAGCUAAAUGCACCAUGCCAGAGGCAGAUAUCCGGCCUCCUGACGACCCUAGCAACGUCAAGCGCCCGUUGCAGGUGGGAGGAGCCCAGUCUCGCCCGUGAUGCCCUGGAAGUGAUGACAAUGGUAGCUUCCAACAUCUUGGAGUCAUUCCAUCAUAACCACACUGAGGAAAUCCUGUCACCAGAGGAAUCAAGAGACAUCACAGAGAAGAUGGUGACGGCCAUGAUUGACAUGCUUCAGGUGUAUCUUGGUCACAUGACCACUGAGAGUGCAGCAAUGAUACUCACAAGUCCCCUGCUAAGCCUCCAGGGGUCCAGACUAGGUACCCUGGCUGGAGCCACCUUCUCGGCUGGGGGUGCAACCUUUACCCUCCCACCGGGCUUGGAUGCCUUGGUAGGCAAACCUCAGGCAGAGGAUAGUUGGACUGACAGGUACCGCUGGAAUUACCCUUGCUACGACGCCCACAUGGUGACAUACGUGGACAACCCUUUCAUGUGGGGUCAAGGUGCAAAUAAGGUCACUACACCUGUAGCAUCUCUUGAGCUAUUCUCCUGUGAUGAUGAUGAGCCCAGCUUGGUAAAUGUCUCCAAUCUUCCUGCUGGAGAAGAAAUCCUCAUUGACAUUGACAACUUAUCUGAAGAGUUGCAACUUUCGUAUAACUACACCUUUGAUCCUGCAUAUAUGAGCGUGCAUUCUUUCAACGUCUCCCGGACUAACAUGUAUCAGAGUUUUCACAUCUCCAUCAGGCUUACUCCGAUACAGCGCCCCAUCCCAAUCACAGUCCUGUUAAGGUACGGAGUUGAGCCAACACCCACAAGGUAUGAUCUGUGUUGGAGUCACAAUGAUGACAUCAAUCGCAUUGAUAUCUUCCUGCCACCAGACAGCUUCAAUGUCUCAGGCAGGUAUUACCUGGCUCUUGUUGAUGGUGAGUUUGGUGAGACGGUGUUCCGUCAGGACGGUGAUCAGACCAGGGAGUAUCUACUCAAGAUGUGGUGGGGAGAGUGCCUCUAUUGGGAUCCUUCAGAGGUGAGUUGGUCACCAGACGGGUGCUCUACAUCUUCUACAUCCACCUUUGAUACCACACAAUGCCUGUGCACCCAUCUCAGCUCCUUUGGAGUUAGUUUUGUCCCCAUCCUCAGUAUUGUCACCUUUGUAGACAUGCAGCUCUUCGUUGGGCCGAAUGAGAAUCCAGUGACGUACAUGUUUGUUGCUGGGUUGAUCGGAGUGUAUGCUCUUUUGUUUAUAUACUGUUACUAUGCCGACCGUCAUGAUGAGAAGAAGCAGGGAUUGAUCUACUUGAAGGAUAACCAACCAGGAGAUAAACAAUACUAUGACAUCACCGUUGAGACUGGGUUCCGAACUGCAGCAGGAACGACGGCAAGGGUCAGUAUCGUCUUACAUGGAGAUGAGGGACAUUCAGAGACCAAAGAACUCAUCUGCGAUGACAAACCAAUCUUCGAGAGGAAUUCACGAGAUAGAUUUAUCAUCAGUGUCCCAGAGUCCCUUGGAAACAUCCAACGGCUUCAGCUAUGGCACAACAAUGCCGGGCUAUCACCUAGCUGGUACCUGAGUAGGGUCUCGGUACGUGAUCUUCUGACAGGGCAGAAAUGGUUCUUUAUCUGUGAGCGCUGGUUUGCUGUGGAGGAGGAUGAUGGGAAGAUAGAACGAGAGCUUCUGGUGGUUGAAGAUGGGGUUGGUUUCACAAAGGCUUUCUUUGCCAAGGGAGCCCAGUACUUUGCAGACUAUUACCUGUGGAGUUCUGUCUUCACCAGACCCCCAUACAGUAUCUUCACCCGAGUGCAACGUCUCACAUGCUGUCUCUGUAUCUCCAUGGGUUUUAUGUGUGUCAAUACACUCUGGUACCAGAAACUAGAUAAGGAGGAUUCUGAGCUUGGGGUGAUUGAUGUAUCCGGAGAAGCAGUCCUUGUUGGAAUCGUGACAGCUCUUAUUGCUAUCCCUAUAAACUUCCCCCUCAUCAUGCUCUUCCGGAGGUCAAAGCCCUGGCGAAUGCCUGGAGAAAUGGGAGAGCUUUUCAAGCACAUCAAAUCCAAUAACAAGCAACAAUCUGACCCAGAAGAACAAACAGCUGCACAACUGUACAACCUUCAGAGAUGGGCAAGGGAGAAGUGGAAACAUAGACACAAGAGUUCUAUCUUCAAGCACCUGUCUGAGAAUGAGAGCAGUCGAUCCAGCAUUGAUGCUCAUAGCUACUCCAGUGGAUUUGGUGAACUUUCUUCAGAAGACAGAUUUAGGGCAAUGUUCACAGACAGUGACUUGACAUCACCAGAGCUAACUGAGAGCUGGGAGUCUCUAGAUACUGAUCCCAUUCCCUCCAUGAGCCAUAAGAAACUGAAGAGUCCCAAGAUCUGGCUACCGCAUGUCUUCUAUUUCAUCGCAUGGGGAGGAUCUAUCUUCAUUGUGAUCGCAUCUUCCGUUAUCACAAUUGUACUUGGUCUCAAGUUCAGCUACGCCCAGGCCAUAUAUUGGAUGCAGUCUAUGUACUUCUCAUUCCUGCAAUGUAUCUUCAUUACCCAACCAUCAGUGAUGGCCAUGCUGACCAUUGGUAAAGCUUGGAAACACAGCAACAACAUCAAGAUAUUUGAUCACUAUGACGACAACACAGAUCUGAUUGACAAGCGGCUUCUGCAUAGAUCAAGGGUUCAGCUGUACGAACAAGAUCUAUCCAAGGCAAUAGCAGCCCGUCAGCGGUCAAGAUAUCUGAGAUUUGCCCGCCCACCUCAGCCUAAAGAACUUCAGAAAGCCAAAGAGAAAAUGCUGAAGGAAAAGCAUAUGUAUGCCAUCCUCAAGGAUGUGAUACUGUUUCUGAUUCUGAUUUUCUGUGUACUGUGGAUGGCAUAUGGCAAGGAGACAUCUCUACAUGGACCCCUCAAUCAGUCUGUCAACCAGAUCUUUCUCAAGACAAACCAACCCUUCACCAACGUCACAACGGUUGAUGAUCUAUGGAACUGGCUUCAGGAAGAUAUGGUAGACACCCUCUAUUGGCAGAGAUGGUAUAAUGGUGAUCCCAUUACUGAAGAUGCGGGUUCAGUGAUGAUCACCGGUGAGAGUAUCCUCCUGGGCAGACCUUCUCUUAGGCAGCUAAGGGUGAGACCGCACACCUGCACCGUACCCCCUGUGAUGCGCCCCAUCGUAGGGGACUGUCUUGGGGGCUACACCAAGAACACUCUCAGUAGAGACCCCUAUGGUCCUGAGGAUAAGUGGGUGUUCCGUACCGCUCAUCAGCUCCUGCGCUACUGCAAGUGGGGUAUGUUCACCUCCUAUGAAGGGGACGGGUAUGCAGUGGACUUCAACAACACAAGGGAUGAUGCAGAGAGUCUGCUAUGGCAUCUACGUAAUAAUUCCUGGAUUGAUGCACAGACCAGAGCUGUCAUCUUAGAGUUCACCCUCUACAAUGCUCCUUACAAUCUAUUCAGUGCUGUGGCAUUUGUAGCUGAGAUACCUGGUUCUGGUGCGGUGUAUCCAAUGCCUAAGAUUGAGUCUGUUCAACUCUACCGUUAUGAGAAACCCUACGAUUACUUCAUCAUGGCAUGUGAGCUUUUGUUUGUCCUUCUUGUUGCAUUGAUCUCAAAACAAGAAAUAGUCAAGGUGGUGAAGCAGAAGAGGGCUUACUUCAGAAGUGCCUGGUCAUGGGUUGAGAUGUCCCUUAUACUGGUGUCUAUCACAUACUUUGCUAUGUAUGUCUACCGCUUUGCGUAUGUGAGCGAAGCCGGAAGGAGACUGAAGGCUACCUAUCUGGAGGAAUUUGUUGACCUCUCGUUCUUAGCUUGGUGGGAUCAGCGUCUGCGGGAUCUGAUAGCGCUUAUCCUCUUUAUUACGACACUCAAGUUCCUUCAUCUUUUGAGAUUCAAUCGUAUGUUUGCCAUGUUUGGUGCCAUCUUUGAGGCUGCCUUAGGACACCUCCUCCUUCAUAUGCUCUGCUACACCAUCCUAGAGACAGCCUUUGCAUGCCUUGGGAACCUUCUGUUCGGAAGCCAUUACUACCCCUUUAGGAAUGUGUACCCUGCUUAUGAGGUUAUUAGCUCCCUGAUUGUGGGAUCGGCUCCAGACCACUCCAAGCUCUGGUUUCUCUUCCCAGUCCUCUGGCCGAUGUUCUACAUCAGCUACGUCAUCUGCAUGGUCGUAUUUAUGGCUGGAUUGGUAAAAGCCAUACUCUGUCACAACUACCGUAAGGUCAAGCACUGUCCACUUGAAACGGUCAGCGGCCAGGAAGUCAUCAGCUUCUUCUGGCAUCGCUUCCUCUGCUGGUUGGGCAUCAGGGAGGAGAAGGUGGAUGAUAGUGACAGAGACAAGCUACCAAUGGAGUUCACCAUGGCUGAGAUCCAAUACCAGGUUGAUGAGCUUGUGUUCAGGAUGAAUGCCAUUCUGCAUCAGAACGGUCUUCCAGACAAACCCAUCGACUAUCUAGAUGAUUCUGACGCCACACAGAACUACCAUGAUGAUGGCAUCUCCAGUUAUCCAUCAGAGGAUCAAGAAUUUGACAAUGAUAAGUUCGAAGAGCGGGUACAACGUUUGGAGGAGCAGCUGUACUUUAACAAUCCAGAACUACGAGAGCUGAUGACAUCUCCAGAAGAUGAUGAGCCUGAUAGGCAUAAGGGAUUGAGGGCUAGGCUGGAACUGGAGAUCUUCCGUCAAUUGCAGCUAUCCAGGCAACAGGACGGGUUGGAGAGUGACGAACCUGGUCUUGAUGGCCUUGAUAGGGACAGUGGACAGCUAACAGCCUCAGGAUCAUUAGCUUCUUAUGAUAUUGGAGAGGACACCGCCCUCUCUUGUGCCGAUUUGAAUGAGGUUGAGGCUGGUCGACCAGCUACGGCAUAUCGAAAGGAUGAUGGACAAGUUGCUUUCCCACAGCCCAUGAAGAAUCUAGGAACCCUGGAAGAAAUUAGAGCUCAAAGAGUGCAGAGGAAGGCAAAUACAGUAAAGGCCUGGGCAGAUGAUGUUACCAUCAAACAGAUAGAUGAACCACAUGAGGAAGAAUGCCCGAUGGAAAUGACACCAACAAAACCACAAUCCAAGAAGAAUCUUCUUAAGAGGUUACCAAGACCACACACUGCUGCUGUCUUCCCAAUAAGAGACGCUGCCAGACUGUCUGAAGAUGGUGAAGAGAUCCAAAGACCCACUCGAGGGAGGAUUCAGCAUAAGGAUUCCAACACAUCGAAUGCAUCUUCAUCAUCGGCCUAUUCACAUCGCCGGAGUAGUGACGGCAUGGGAGGUUACGGGGGCAGCGAAAGCUCGCACACAGACACUGGAUCUCGUGAGAGCAGGAGGUCCAGCGGGGUGGAUGGAAUUCAGAGGAGGGGCAGAAAUUGGAAAAUCACACCGUUUACAAAGCAUGGAUGGGAGGGUGAGGAUCUCGGAGAGAGCCAGUCAAGCGAGAGAAGCGGUUGCAGCUCCUCCCGCGUGGCCAACGAAAAACGGGCUUCUCCACCUGCACCAUCGAGGACAAUAUCUCAAGAUUCCCAGGUGUCCCACCAAAGUGGUAGUUCUCGGAAUUACCCCUCUGCAACUGUUGGUGGUGGUGGUAAGCAUCGGAGGAAGGGUGGGGAUGGUAGACCAAGUAUUGAUGAUCUGGUGUCUGAUCACCCUGUUGACUCUGAUCUCAAAGACCACUACCCCAUCGGUCACCACCCAAAUCUGACAGUCAGCAUGGAGAGUUUCCCUCUACCCAACAGCCUUGAGCAUCUUGUGGUCUCUGACAGCAGUGACAAUGAAAAGCAGAGUCACCACCCGACUUCCAGCAGAUCCCAUAAGAAAAGGAAAGGUCACGAGGGGGGCAAACCCCAAUCCUCCAGGCUUAGGAAGACCAAGUCGAGGGGUAAAGGAAAAGGGCGGAGUCGGCUCCAGGAUAUUGGCCAUGUGAAUGAAGGCUACAGUUCUGACAGUCAUGGUGAAGGAUUUGACGAUGAUGAUCACAUUCCUGUGAUAGAGAUGAGCAAGCACUCUCUGCCGGGUCAUUACUGAGUUGCAUAAUCUUAAAAUGAGACAUUUUAAAAGUGUGAUGGUCAAUUUUUUUUCCUAAUCCAUACAUGCAAGGAAGUAAGCAUGCAAUUGUGAAUGAGUAUUCUAAGAAACCAAAGAGACUUACAAGAAUCCAUCCAGUUUAAUGAACUUCAUGAUUAAUGCUUUACCUGAGGAAUUGAGGUAUAUUAACUUCAUGACCAACACAGGAACUUCCCUUUCACUUGGCCAUUAUGCAUUUCAUUACACCAACAAUAUCAAGUGUAUUCAAAUUUGAUUGUACAUCAUUGAUAUCGCCUUUAUUUUGACUGUUACAUCCAUGCAUAUCAUAUGAACAUGGAAUGUUAAUUUCCUGUGUUGUGUAUUAUAUGUGAAUUGUGUUAUAUGUCAUGUGGGCGUACAUACUUGUUUGAUAAUCAGUAUUUGCCAAUUUUAUGUAAAGAUGUUAUCGUUGUUUGUCUCUAUGUUUUAUAUAAAAUUAAAGGAAGGUAGAAUCUUUCCACAGUAAAGUUCUUUCUCAUUUGUGCUAUUUCCUAUGCAAUCAUUUCUGUGCUACAUACUUUUUAAUGGAUUAAUUUUAUGAAAACAGACAUUGUAUAUUUUUGUACUUUUAUAUUUGCAAAGUUUAUUACAAAUGUGGUAAGCUGCAGAGUAAGUAAACAAUUUUGAGCCAUGCAUUGAUGCCAUGUUAUAUUUAGUAUUGCAUAUUCCGUGGGUUUUGAUAAUUAUCUUUGUGUUGUGUUUUUUAUGGAAAUGUCAAUAUCAUGAGUAUAAUUCAAGGAAAAUAAAGGUUUAAUAUUUUGUAGGAAGGGGGGGGGAUGGUACAAAUGUAAAACUGUUUGCAUAAAAAGAAUUAUAUAAUGAAUUAACAUUUUAUAAUAUUUUGAUUGAACAUAAUUGUGCUUUACAAAUAAUUAUCAAUAUAUGUAUACAAAAUUCAGAGCUUUAUGAUUAUGAAAGCCUAUUCCAUGAUUGUUUUGUAAUAUUUAAAUUGCUAUCCCCAAUGUAAAGUAAUUUUAUAUUCAUUUUAUGAAUGAGACAAUGUAGAUUGGUAUAUCAUUACUGCUACAGCCAUACGCACCAUAAGCUUAAGUGCAUAUGGAAAUAUUACCUGUGUGCAGUGUUAGCCUCAACAAUAGAGGUCCAACACAUAAAAUAGGUUUUUACUAUUACCCUUAACAAUUUUCAUCAUGAAAACUUCGGGACUCUAUUGGCAUAGCUAUCAUGGAAAUGCAUUACGUCCUAACAGAAUUGAUUCCCAGAGGGGCCACGUCCAUUGACGAGUGGAUACCUUGCGCGACCAUGGGGUCUUGAAAAGCACCCUAAACACAUAUUUUUCAUAUUCUGAA